CGUCGUAUAAGGGGCGUGGUCAGCGAAGGGGGCGUGGCAGGGCGGCGGGCGGAGCGUGCGCGCGGUCCGCGCUCAUUACUCAGCGGCCGAGGCGGCGGCGGGAGGCGGCCAGAAGCAAAAUUUGGAUGAAGCAAUCUAACUAAGUUGCCGUCAUGAGCAGAAGCAAGCGUGACAACAAUUUCUACAGUGUUGAAAUUGGAGACUCUACUUUCACGGUAUUGAAACGGUAUCAAAACUUAAAACCAAUAGGAUCAGGAGCACAAGGGAUUGUAUGUGCAGCUUAUGAUGCCAUCCUUGAACGAAAUGUUGCAAUCAAGAAGUUAAGCCGACCGUUUCAGAACCAAACCCAUGCUAAAAGAGCCUACAGAGAGCUUGUACUUAUGAAGUGCGUUAAUCACAAAAAUAUAAUCGGCCUACUGAAUGUCUUCACACCACAAAAAUCCCUGGAAGAAUUUCAAGAUGUCUAUAUAGUCAUGGAGCUCAUGGAUGCAAAUCUCUGCCAAGUGAUUCAGAUGGAGCUAGACCAUGAACGAAUGUCCUAUCUUCUUUAUCAAAUGCUGUGUGGUAUCAAACAUCUUCAUUCAGCUGGAAUUAUACAUAGGGAUUUAAAGCCCAGUAAUAUAGUAGUAAAGUCAGACUGCACUUUGAAGAUUCUUGACUUUGGACUGGCCAGAACUGCAGGAACUAGUUUUAUGAUGACGCCUUAUGUAGUGACUCGUUACUACAGAGCACCAGAGGUCAUCCUAGGGAUGGGAUACAAAGAAAACGUUGACAUUUGGUCAGUUGGGUGCAUCAUGGGAGAAAUGAUCAAAGGUGGUGUUUUAUUUCCUGGUACAGAUCAUAUUGAUCAAUGGAAUAAAGUUAUAGAGCAGCUAGGAACACCAUGCCCCGAAUUUAUGAAGAAAUUACAGCCUACAGUCCGAACUUACGUGGAGAACAGACCUAAAUAUGCUGGAUAUAGUUUUGAAAAACUCUUCCCAGAUGUCCUUUUCCCAGCUGACUCUGAACAUAAUAAGCUUAAAGCCAGUCAAGCAAGGGAUUUGUUAUCAAAAAUGCUGGUUAUAGAUGCUUCUAAAAGAAUCUCAGUGGAUGAAGCCCUGCAGCACCCAUACAUCAAUGUCUGGUAUGAUCCUUCGGAAGCAGAAGCUCCUCCACCAAAGAUACCAGACAAGCAGUUAGAUGAGAGGGAGCACACAAUAGAAGAAUGGAAAGAAUUGAUAUACAAGGAAGUCAUGGACCUGGAGGAGAGAACCAAGAAUGGGGUUAUACGUGGACAACCAGCUCCUUUAGGUGCAGCAAUGAUCAAUGGCUCUCAACAUCCGUCUUCAUCGUCAUCUGUCAAUGAUGUGUCUUCAAUGUCAACAGAUCCAACAUUGGCCUCUGAUACAGACAGCAGUCUAGAAACCUCAGCCGGACCUCUGGGUUGCUGUAGAUGACUACUUGGUCUUUUGGGGGGCGGGAGGGGGGUCCUUUUAGUCAUUAAUAGGGCACCUUUAAGAUUUGGUGGUAUUUUUGAGUGUUUUUUCAAAGAUAAUCGUAGAACUCAUCAUAAAGUGCUGUAAUUUUAAACUGUAAGUUGUGUUAAAAGCAGAUACUUUUUUUGCUGUAAUUAACUGUAAAAUAUUAAACCUGAUAAUUUUUAUUGUGGUUUUAAAAUCUGCAUAUUUGCUUUACUAUUAUGCUGCUGAUCUUUUUUUACUGAAUUUGUAAUUGUUUUAUCAAAGCACAUAAUUAUGUUGUGGUCAUUACCAUAUAAUGAAUUAUUUAAGAUUUUAUAGGUUUUCGAUUUUUCAAUUAGAGUUUAUUCUAGAUGUUUUGUUCAUGAUAUCCUUCAAAGUUUUAUGUUUGGUCGUAUGUUUGUGUCCAGGUCGAGGGGGAAGAGAAUUCAGCGCAGCCAGCUUUAGUUUGGGCAUUCUACUGUGGUGCUGGCAGUGAAAAAAAUCUCUCUUACUUUGGCCACUUGCCUAUAAUAUUUCAGCAAAAGCUACAGUUAGUGACUUUUUUAAAAGAAAUGGUAUACAGUCCUUUGCAAAGUAACUUCAUCUGAAUGGUUUGAUGAACUUAAGAAAGCAGAGCAUAUCUUCAAAGCUGCAGAAAUAUCUAGCCUAACAAAUAAUGUGAUGUUCUCUGCAGAGUUGUGGCAUGCUGAAUCUUGUGAUCACCAUAAAACAUGAGGAUACUUCAUGAAUAAUAUAUUUCAAUGCAAAUAAACGGUUUACUUCUAGCUUGUAGCCUGUUUUUGUACACACAAAACAAAAUGUAUCCAGGAUGUCUAGACUGCCAACAGGGAAAAUGAAUAUGCUAUAGGUAUACUUUCAUGUAAUAUGUGAUUCUUGGGAGUUUUGUUUCUUACUAGUUUUGUCUACUAAGGCGAGUGUUUUUUGGGUAGAAGAGGGUAUGACAUGAAUGCAGUAAGGGCAAAACUUGAGCUAUUCUUUCUCCACUAGAAGCAACUGAUCACUAAAAAACAUGAAGUGGUAGGAGAACCUCAGGAUUUCUGUAGCUAAUGCAUUAAGUGAGCAAUAUAUGCCAUCCAAAGGAGGGAGAAGUUGUGCUGUAUAAAUUAAUAUUUUUAUCUUUUAUUUCACCGUGAGACCAGUGUAGCAGAAAUCUUAAUAAUUGUUCAUUUUAAGUCAUAAAUAUUCACUAGUUUUCAGCACUGAGGCUCCAGGUUUCAAUACACUUUUAAACAAAAGAUAUAUUGAAAUAUAUAGAACAGUUACUAAAUAGUCAUGUAAAAUGGUGCUGCUCCUCACAGAAGUAUUUUAACUGUUUACAUUUUAUAUUUACAGAAUGGUUUAUGUAUAACUGACCUAAGUUUAUGUAUGAGUUAGUCAUUCAGAAUUUAUUCCUUUGGAAAAUGCAGAUUUUUAGUGAAGCUAGGCUGUAUAAUUGAUUGCCUUGUGUAGGUGCAUAUUUUGUGUAGUGAAUUAGAAUGUGAAGAGGGAUUUAAAUUAGCAAUGCUCACAAAAAUGAGCGUAAAAAAUAUAGAAGUCUUGCCAGGCACAGAGCAUAAGCAGAUCAUAUAACUGGCUACAGAGGUCAUCCAGGAAUGACUGAUGGUCUUCAGUGUGGUUCCUUCUGCUUGUUGGGUUACAUAGGUAUCUUUUUGAAGUUGAAAGAGGGAAAUUUGUCUUAGCAGUAAGUUUCAGAAAAAUAGGAGUGAUAGUAAUGCUUUCAAUAUCUAACGUGUCUUUCUGAAAAUCAUACAGGGUUACAAAGAAUGGUAAUGUCUCAAAGAUGACUAAAUUGAUUAACUGUGCAGUUGUUUCCCUGGCCUGGCUAGACUGCUGGUAAGUGCUGUGUGCAUGUAAUUUUGCUUUCCUCACUUGUAUCUAGUAUUUCAAUAUUGCCUUUCUAAACCACAUUUGUUAAGGCAAUUAUUUUUACAGGAUCCUGCCAAAUUGUAUAUUACCUCAGAAUAGGCAGGACAUGUUGGGAUUCAUCUCACUGGAGCAUAGAUAAUCUGCUCAAUUUAAACAGAGACCGACAGAAAUAGACUAUUUUUUUUCAUUUUUUUUAUCAAAGUUUAAGCUGUGAAUUAAGCCAGAAUUUUUGGUCAUGCAGCAGUACUCCAUUGUUAUAUAGGGUCAGAUGAGACUCUGAUCAGCCCAGUGUAACAAAGUUAAGACUGACAAAAUCAACUUCCGAUGCCUGCAAGUUUUGUAAAAAGUAGAAUUUGGUAAAUCUAAUUCCUAUUUAUAUUUAUUUUGGACCCCUCUGGAUUGCAGUGGUGACUGAAAUAUUUUGAAACUUUAGAAUUAUUUUUGCUAUCACUUUCCAGUGUCCUAAAGAAAAAUUACUUUUAAAAUUAAUAUUGAGUGAAACAAUUACUAGGCUUUUACUGCAAUGGGCUAUCAAUAGUAGCUUCGUUGAGUUCAUAAGCUCUAAAGCUUUUCUUCUUUUAAGGUUAGGCUGAUGAAUGGGUGGAACUGUCCACUGCAACCCAUUGCAGUGUAAGUGAGCUGUGUUUAAAGGGAUUGUUUCAGUAAGGUCAGAGCUUUGCCUGCAGGAACCUGGAGUUUCUUUUAGCACCAUCUUCAUAGCGUUGCCUUUUUCUCUUUUUUGGCAGUUGCUUGCAUUUAAGGCCUAUUAAAGUGAUAACAAAUUUCAAAGACAAGAAAAUUGAGUUCAGUAAGCAAAUCAUCACAACAACUUGUUACUCUUAAGUUCCCUUUUUAUUUGUUGAAAUAUAAAAUUAUUUCAUAGAUAGAUGUAUGCUGCCACAGAUAGCAAACAAAUGGGUAGCUAGAGUUCAGCUAUCUUUGUCUGUUUUUAUGUUGUUAGAUCAUGUACUACCUUAUACACUGUACAAGUGUAUUCUUAAAGUAUUAAGCUUUAUUUCAGUCUGUGAUUCCAAAAUCUUUUCAUGACAAUAGGCUUCACUAAAGUGCAUGCAAUUUUUCUCUUCUUAGGGCCAUUCCAAUCCACUGAAAAUUGGUAGGAAUUUAAUUACAGUGACCUGUCUGAUUUCUUACCUCAGGUGAGGUAAAAAGUUGGGCAAUAAUAACAGGAUCAAUUUCCACCUGCUCUGGUCAAAGUUGUGGCAGACAUCAAGGAUAAAGUAGCUCAUCUCCUUUUGUAAGAAGUAGAUUCUUCAAGAAUGGGUAAUAGAGGGCAGGAGGAAUGAGUACUUUAACUGUGUGCUGCACCUCUGCUGUGUGAAGUCUUUUGUUGGUGCAAGACAGUGGGGUCAGAAUUAAGGGGUUUUGUGUGUUUGUGUGUGACAAGCUGGAUUACCAGAGUAGUAGCCAUCAGUUGAACAACCUUAGACCAGCCUGACUUACCACGUCACCUCUAUUGUAUUCAUUCUGCUAAGUUGAACAGACAAGACAUUUUCCCUAUCUAGUUGCUCUGUGACUUUGCCUUUUUAGUUUUGAAGAACCUUACUAUGCUACAUGCAAUAGUAUCUUUCUGUGUAGGAAUUCCAGCUGGAUACAAAGAUAAUAUCAGUAUAAUUUUUUCAAUAAACCCCCCUAUGCCAACACACAGGGUGAACUUAGGGGAGGGUGUGGUGAGCUUUAUUUGAGGCAGUUGUGGCAGUAGCACGUGCUACUGCCUCAGUGCCCAAGUUGGUUGGAUGUUACUGAUGUGGCCUUGUUUUAUGGAAAACUGCUUCUCUGAACACAGGCUCUUUUGUUAGGUAGCAAAAACUAAGCACCUUGACAGGCGUUUGCAUGAGUAUGAUGCUGCUGCGUUAAUGUGUAUGACAUUCAUCGCAACAUUGCAUAAAGAAAAACCAUCAAAAGUCUAGUACAGGAGGAUAGUUCCCAGCCAGCCAAUAAUCCAUGGCCUAUGACAUUAAAUGGUUCUUGAUUAUGAUUAUGGGGGAAGAGGAAGAAGACAGUUCAGAUUACACUUCAUGUUACUAUUUCAAGUUGCUAAGGAAGUCAACUACUAUUUCUAGGUAUUUUUUUAUUUGCUGUUGACAGCUGCUUGACCAUACUGUUACAUUUUAUUUUCCUAUUGACAUCUUGGUUCUUACAUAUUUAGCCAGAGAAUGGGAGUUGACAGAGCUGUCUGCAUUUUUCAGGAGGAUUAGAAAGAGAGUUUUAAUGAAGAAAUGUGGUGAGACUCUACUGCCUACUCAAAUUUUCAAUUAAUUUAAUUUAUUCUUAGUUGAGGGCACUGGAUAAAAUUAGUAUUUUCAGUGAUGUCUUUCACUCCCUUCUCCUGUUUAGAUAUCUCUGCAUUACAGAAAUGUGUUAUGAAUCAGAUCACAUUGUGUUUCUACUUCUGCAGUUGAAAAUUUAAGCUAGGUUUUCUUGAACUACCUCACACAAACUUUCUAUGUUUCUUAAGUAAACAAAGCUAACCCUUGCUAUCGGAACUACACUGAAUGUGAAUAGAAAAAUACACUUCCUUUAGAAAAAUAAAUCUAUUGGCCAAUGUUGAGACAAUAUCAGUAAGUAUGUUUCUUAUAUAUUUCACGUAAGAUGUUCAUGUGUAAUAUAUAGCUUGUGUACAAUAAUGUACAUCUAGAAUAUUGUGUUAGCUGUAAAUUGGUGAUUUUAUUAUUGUUUUGGUGGAAAUAGCUGGUUUUGUAGGUGAAAAUAGCUUACUAGUAAUGUCAACUCAUCCUUUACAUUUUACAAAAGGAAUAAUUCUUGGUAAGCUUUGCAUACAGAUGAAUUACUUUUGUAGGCCCAAUAGCUAGUCUAUUUUUGAGAGUUCUUUAACUUUUAUUACUAAAGUUGAGAAAAAAGGUAAUUAUUGUGAUCAUUCCUUCUGCCCCUUUUGAAGUAUAUUCUUAAUUUUAUUUUGUCCCAAGAAAUAUGAAGGGCAGGAUACACCAUCAAAAAUACCGAGGAAAACUGUAAUUUUUUUUUUAUUCCUCACAUUUGAUACCCUUUCCUGCUUUUCCUUUAUUCCCUCCAAAUAAGCUGUUGGUGGGCCAUUACUGAGAACAUUGUGGUUUUUUUACUCAUUCAUGCCAUAGUUCAUUACAUGUGCACCACUGGAAUGUA